GUAUUGAUAAUGGUGGAGGAGAUUAUGGAAGGGAUGAUUAAAGUUCAGUGCAGGGGGUGGGAGGAGAAUGAGGUGAAGGAGGUGUUUAUGCUGGCAGUGAAGGGGUUCAGGGACCUGGGGGGCAGCUGGGGUAUAAAAGAGGACAGCUGAGGCUCCCCAGUUGCACAGUUCCCCCAGCUCUUCCCUCAGCUGCACCACCUCCUCCUCCUCCUCCUCUUACCCCUCUCUACUGCUCUCCGUCGUUAUCUCUCACUAGAUUUCCAAACCCCCAUUGCCUGUCGUUUCUGCUGUUCGCCUGCUAAGCUCCCCCUCCUCAUCCUUCUCCUUCUCCUCCUCCUCCUGCUGCUGCUGCUGCCAUCGCCGUAUAAGAGCCAGGAUGUCGCUCAGCCUGGAGGGCACGAAGGCCUUGGUGCUGGUGCUGAUGCUGGUGCUCACCCUGGCUGCUAGUCUCCUGCCCCUCUACUUCCGCGACGUGUUGCUGCGCAAACUUAACCAGGCUGGCCUCUCGGUGUGUCUGUGUUUCGGCGCCGGGGUCCUCCUCUCUAUUGUGUUUCUUCACCUGCUCCCGGAGACACAAGCCAACUUCCAGUACGCCAUGGACGUAGGUUUCAUCCAUGAGACGUCCUACCCAGUGGCGGAGGUGGCCGUGUUGUCCGGGUUCUUUUUUGUCUACUUCAUGGAGGAGAUGAUCCACGCCUGGGUUGACCACCAUACAAAGGUCAAGGAAGUUCAGGUAAUUAGUAAGGGGCCGAAGACGGUGGAGGAGGCGCAGAAGCAGGCGAGAGAGAGGCGAUUGUCGUCAAGGAGGCUGUCUGAGGUGCGUGUGAGCACAGCCAGCCGCUCUACGGCCCUGGGCGUGGCGGUGAUCAAAGAAGUCAAUGGAUACCUCAACAACGCCUUCGAGGGGGACGAGGAGGCGGCGGGUCACGAAAAGGGCGGCGAGGGCACGAGUCACUCCAUCCACUUCCACCACCGCCACGAGCCCGCCGCGGAGGGCCUGUCGCUGAUGGGUACACUCGUAGUGGUGACGGCUCUCUCUUUCCACGGCGUGAUGGAGGGCCUCGCCAUCGGCCUGGAGGAGAGCACGCGAGACAUCUGGACGCUGUUCGCCGCGCUGUGCAGCCACAAAGUGAUCCUCGCCUUCAGCAUGUCCAUGGAGCUGCUGCAGACCGGCAUGAAGCUCAAAGCCUUCCUCGUCUCCAUCAUUAUUUUCUCCGUCGCCUCGCCAAUCGGAGGCCUCAUCGGGGCCCUGGUGGAGGGCCUUUCCACCGAGGAGACAGCGGGGGGGCUGCUGGCACCUACCAUGCUGCAGGCGGUGUCCGGCGGCACCAUCCUGUAUGUCACCUUCUGCGAGGUGCUGGAGCGUGAGAGGACCAAACCCAUGAAUGGCUUCCUCAAGUUUCUGGCGCUGCUGCUCGGUUUUGGCCUCAUGGCGGGGCUGGAGGCUGUGGGCGGCCACGACCACGGCCACGACCAUGACCAAGAAAAUACCAGCAGUGCCCUGUGUGCCACGGCGCUGCCUACCGUGCCUAGUUAGGUGGAAGACCAGUCUUGGCGGGGCCAGACACCAGCGGGGCGGGGGCAGUGUCCCCUACGCCCCGGGUGUGUGGCCGUCGCGCUAGAGCUUGACUAUAAUGAUACUCUGCUGACAUGCCCCUCCGCGCCGCCCGGGGAGCAGCAGGGCCGAGGAGGUCAGGGCGCGACGCGGGGAAGGGAAGUCUGAAGGUUCCGCGUCAACCAAUACCGGAGGCAAUAUUCCGUUUUGUUAUCCAUCGCAGCCAGUAACAGCCACAGCCAGAGUUGCAGCCAGGGUCACAGUCCCAGCCACAGCCAGAGUCACAGCCGCAACCACAGCCAGGGUCACAGCUGCAGCCACAGCCAGGGUCACAGCUGCAGCCACAGCCAGGGUCACAGCCGCAACCACAGCCAGUCACAUCCAGAGUCCCAGUCCCAGCCACAGCACGGGUAACAGCCGCAGCCACAACCAGAUUCACAACCAGGGCAGGAUCACAGCUGCAGCCACAGCCACAGCCAGGCUCCGCUCCACGUGCUGUCGUCAUGCCGUACGUCACUUCGCAGGUCCCAUCUGUUUCUCUUGUGUGUAAAGGCUUAGGAAUAUUUUUCCACCCGGGAAAAUAAGAAUAGUUAUGCUGCAACAUUCCACACAGUUACGUACACAGAACUGCUAAAAGUGCACACACAGACAUCCACACGCACUUCACGUACUCACAGCUAUUGGACGUACACAAACAGGGAAGGUAACAUGUAUCUAUUGUGUAUUUUCACCUUUAGAAUUAUGAUCCAACCAUAUUGUUGAAAAAAAAUAUACUGCAUUAUUCUACA